AGAAGUGAACAAUAAAAUUGACAAUCAUCUGAGAGCGUGUGAUAAGAAAAUGAAUCAGCCCUCUCCAGAAAUUGGAUCAAAUGGAACAGAUCUACAUGUUAUAAAACAGAACCCAGUGUUAAAAGAAAAUACUUUGAAUGGACAUUCAAGUAAACAUAAUGACUUGACAAAGCGGGUGAAUUAUACACAUUCAAAUUUGAUUUAUUCUAAAGUGCCAGAUUCACAGAAUACUGCCCUUGAUUUAAGUAAAACUUCCAAAAUGUGUUUAAAUAUUGGAACGGCCACUGCCCAGCAAACUGUUGCACAUCCAAGUACGUCAAGAGAGCAACACUCCGCAAGUUUACAUGUGAAUAGUGGCGUGAAAACUCGUGUAGUUUCUGAAGAGACAAACAAUGAGGUUAAGCCUGCAGAUCUGAAAGAAAUUACUAGAAAAGAAUAUCUUCUUGAGCGAAGGAGUCAGUUCCUCUUGAGGAGAUUACGCAGGCUUCAAGGUAAACAUCUUGAGUCACAUGUAAAACUACAGCUGAAAGCCUUUGUUGAUUUUCAGCAUCACAAUUUACAGUCUGCUGCAUCGAAAGCCGCCCGACCGUUUGGUGAUCUACCAAACACAUUAUUUAAUAGUAGUGACGUUAAAAACUUGUCAACGUCAAAUUUGGUAACUUUGGUUCGUAAACUCCAAGCUUCACAACCAAAGCAUAACUUUGAAUCAAAUAAAAAGUCUGAUGCACGAAAGAGUGUUCUUGUCAUGGAGCAGAGUGUUUCCUCAGAGUCUGAAAGGAAAUCUGGCCAUCUACGGAGAAAUUUGCGUCACUGGAAUGACAUUGUUGACUCGGAUGUUACAGAGAGCAGUUCUGGUGGUGAAAGUUGUGAAGAAUGGGAAGAUUGCCCUCUGAUGUCGGACAAAAAUGUUCCGACGCCUUUAUAUAAGCGUGCGGAGUGGAAAUGGUCUGUUGAUCGAGCGGCUAUAAUGGCAAGAUGGACUUGGUUGCAAGCGCAAGUGUCUGAUCUCGAGUAUCGUAUUCGGCAACAGAGUGAAAUCUACAAAACUAUAAGAACGAGUAAGGGUGUGGUUACCUUGUCUGACCCACCCUUGUCAGUUGGACCAAGUGGGGAUGCUGGCUCAAAAAGGGCUCAGGAAAUGUCCCCAGCAAAUGUAGCAACUUUAAUGAUCAGUGUGAAUAAGCAAGCUUCUAGGUUGUCCCAAUCUCUUGGAAAUAGUCUUUCACCCGCUCCAGCAGCGGGGCUUGGUACUUUGAACAAGGAUUCUUCUAAGUCGCUGAAUGGCAUUGUGGAUGUUUCCAACCAAGACUCAUCAAGUUCUGCACAUUCUCAGCAGUCAUGUACUCCAGUUAAUGGAAAGGCAUUGAGUGAUUGUUCUAGUGCAAAUAUGUCCCCAGUGUUGGGUCAGCCAUUAGAUGCUUCAUGUGUAUCAGCUCGCUGUAGACCAGUGAGGUUUUAUAGAAAACGUAAACUCCUUCACACAGCUGGAUUACAUCAAGUAACCAAAGCAGCGCGCUUAUCUAGUGUGAAAUGUCAAUGUUACCCGCCUGUGAUGCCAUGUCCCAUGUGUGGGGGACGAUAUAAUAAUGUGCAAAAACUUGAUGCAGAGUGUAUGCCUAUCAUGGAGAAGGUGCCGCUGUUGGAUCCAGCUUUUCAUCCAGUUUUGUCAUUCCCACAAGAAAUAGCCUUGCCACUGCACUUUGAAGCACUUUUGAAGAGUGGAGAAUGGCAGUCUUCAAAGUCACAACCAAAAGUCACCAUGAGGGCCAUUGCUGCAGAAAAAAGACGACAGAAGUUAUUAAAUGCCCAGAUAAAAGAGCAGUCAAGAAAGAACAAUCGCAAGAAGUAUAACAAGACUGCGGCAGCUGUCCUUCUAACAUCAGCCAAAUUACGCAGCAAAUAUGAUGGUAAAUCCCCACAUAAGAAAUCAAAGAAGGUUACUGCAGAAACUAGAAUGCGUAGGAAGGAACUGAAGAGACGAAGAGCAGCACAACUAGCAGUUGCAGCUUUGAAGAAGUCUAUGAUCAAUCAGGACACAGAUAUGGACAGUCUCAGUACGCUGAGUCAAACCCCGACUCAUUCUCCGCAGAUGAAAGAUGGAACUCUGUCACACAGCGCAUCGUCCAGCGCCUUGAAAGACCAGAAGGAGCAUAGAAAGAAGAGGUUUGAGAAUGCCUAUGAUAUCAACAACAUUGUUAUCCCAUACAGUAUGGCUGCAUCAACAAGAGUGGAAAAACUGCAGUAUAAAGAGAUUCAGACUCCGAAAUGGAGAGAACUUGGUCAGUCAGAGCAGGAUACUGAGGAGCCACAGGCAGAACAAGAGGUGGAAGACAUGACUGAUGAUACAUUUGCUGACAGACAUGAGACUAUGGAAGCGGAGGAGAGAAAAAGAUUCCGAAAUUUCAUUACAUACCCUCCUGUACGCCGUGGACGGUUUUCUAGAGAAAGUGAGAGUAAUACAUUGGAAACAUUCUCACCAGAGUGUAGUUUAAAUGAAGCCUCUUUCCAGACAGAUAGUGCUGGAUGUUUGUCAUACAUUCACGAAGAAAGGCGACGAAGUGGGUCAACCUCACGUAGAUCAAAUACAUUUGAUGACAGUGUCAGAGAGUAUGAUAGCUACAAUGAUUAUGAAUAUAUGGAGCUAUGGCCGGCAAGACAGUUCCCCAUACCCGAGGAUGUGUACGAAGAAAUGAAAAUUGAACAGAACAGAGUGAGUUCAACUAGAAAUACAUACAGACGUCCAAGAACUGUUAAAGUACAGGACGAUCCUAGUAUGGAAUUUAUCAGUCCCGACUUUGAACCAUUGGAUUCCGCAACUUUUGCUGCCUCGCCAGCACCAAGUGGAACGUCAACUUCAACUUGUGAUGAUGAAAACGAUCCCGAAUGGAAUGAGAAUAGAGGUGAUAGAAGAUCAUCAAUAAGUAUGAAACAUUCAAAGAGAUGAAAAGAAGCAUACAAAAAGUGUUGCCAAGGAAUUUAAAAAAGUAAGGGCAGUGUUUGAGCAUGUAAGGCUCAGCAAAGCAGUAUUGGAGGAAGACAGGGCAGUAAGAAAACAAAGUGUUUAGAAUAUAAAGUUUGAUUAUAAGAACAAAUCAAAUAAGAGGAAAGUCAAGAAAGAGAUUCAACAAGUUGAACUAGAAGUUUUUGCUUUCUAGGAAAUUGUACUAAAAUUCAUCACUUAUUGAAAGAAUUAUCAAUAUUUCGCGAAAUAAAACAGAAUGGGAAAAAGAAGAGAAUGUAUCUGAAGAAAAAAUUACAUGGAUCAGGUUCUUUAAGGUACAAUUAAAGAACAAACAUUUGUAGUGCUAGACAAAUUCUUGGAAAAAAAGAAA